UCCGUUCAGCCAAUGGGCGGGUGGCGUUCCGUCGCUUAGGAGACAGGGCCGGUGGGGUCGUUAGCGCAUGCGCCCUCGCCAGGCUCGCCCCGCGCUGUUUACUGUCUCCAUGGAAACAGCGACGCUAACUGCGCAGGCGCAGAAGUGAUUGGAGGCCCCGAGAUGGCGCGAGAGCGGCCGCGCGAGGACGGGAGCCUGCAGGGCUCAGCUCUCACAGAGCAAGCCUUGCUGCACAGCCAGGGAGAGCUGCCAGUGAGCAACGGAGAGAUGCCAUCCAGUGUGGCUGAGAUGCCGCCCUGCCACAGAGAGUUGUCGCCCUGCGUGGCAGAGAUGCCUGGAGAAAUGCCAUCCAGCAAGGCUGAGAUGGAGCCCUGUCCGGUUGAGAUGCCACACUGCCAUGCAGAGCCGGGGGGCAGCCUUGGAAUGCUGUUGCCCUGCAUGGCCGAGAUACUGCCCAGCAAGGCUGAGAUGCCUGAGGAGCAACCACGGCUUGUGUCCCGAGGGAAAUGCCUAGUCCAUAACUGGCAGGAGGAGAGAGCCACCAACGAGCUGGACCAAGUGCCGAGUCCUGAGCUGGGCAGUGAGGGCUUCUUCUACCGGCAUGGCCACCGCGGGCUGCUCACCCUCCAGCUCCUUGCGCAGCUGGCUGACAGCACCACCAUGAAGGAUUCCUACCGCAGCCCCCGAAGGACUGGGCUGCCUGGAAGAGGGCAGCGGGAGGCCAUGCUGGAGUUAAUGCUGUACCAGAAAUACAGGAAGGAGACCCUGACAGAGCUCUACCCUCCCGCCGGGCCCAUGGAGUCACUCUCCACCACCCACCGGGACUACUGCCAGGAGGGCUUCCGGGCUGUGCUGCUGCCCCCCACCAGGCCCCAUGACUAUCGCCUGGAGCAGCCCCACACCUUCUGGCUGGAGAGCGCCCGCCAGCUGCCUGGCGUCUCCAACAUCCGUACCAGUGACACCCCCUUUAGGAGGAAUGCGACCUUCACCACCCCCAUCAGCGAGUACCUGGACCAGCCCAUGCCCUAUGCCCCAGAGAACUACCCCAAACUCUAGGCCCCGCAGGGUAAUAAAGAGUGGAUGGGACCAGCUGGCUGGUGUGAUGCUGGGGGCUCCGCACUGGGCUGGAGGGGUGCUGCGUGUGCAUUGGGGUAGGGCGCACGGCAGGUACGGCCGGAGUGAGCUGCAGGAGGUGUCUGGUAGUGCCCUAUGCAGGCUUGGGGUACUUGGGCAUGGACUUGGGUCUCAGCCACCACUGCCCCCUCACCUGUGCAUUUGCAGGGAGGAAUGAGCCAGGGCCCUGACAGCAUUCCGGGCUGCCCCCCUUUAACAGGGCCUGUUAGCCCUGCCUGCCCAGUGAUCCCAGCUGCAGCAGGCCAGGGAGCCUGGGUGAGCUGGAGCUUGCCUAGGGGGGCAUUGUCCCGGGAAUGGGCUCCUGUCCCAGCCAUUUCUAGCCUGGGGCCAGGGCCUCCCCAGAGCCCCCUCCCUGCAGGAGUCUCAUGCAGCUCUUCGGGGCAGUAGCAGGCAGAUUUAC